GUCCUAGAGCAGAAGCUUCAUGUGUUCUUCUUCGAAGGCAAAGUUGGCAAAGGCAAGUUAGCUUGGGAUCAGUUAUCCAAUCAGGAUGCUGUCAAGGAGGCGCGCAAGGAUACUGGCCUUGGUGCUUCCCAGACGGUGGAAGUAGCCUACUUGGAGAAGGAGGGGCUCGAGUAUGAAGAGCACGAUAUUCGAGAGUUCAAACAGUUCAUGAAAGAACAUCGAGGUGUGACGCUGAAGCCGCGGCUUCGAGGCCGAAAACCGCACGGACGCACGGUCGAAUGCGGGUCCCGGGUGGAAGAACUGAAUGCGGGUUGGCUCUUCAGCGCGGCAGCGAGGCAGGAGGGUGUUCGAAGGGACCUGAAGACGUCGAAGGAGCGCUCCGCUCAGUGGCAGGGCGGUGAGGAACGCCCCAAAAGCAUCGCACGCGAAAGCCCACAGCUGAGAGGUCUGCCAGUGGAGAGGCCAGAUGAGGUUGAGGAGGCUGAGGGCUUGCUGCCGAGCAUCAUUGGGCUUUCGGAGCCUCAGACAGUGGACACCGACACUGCGGACGCACCGGAGGCGACGGAGGCUGUGACGGCUGUGGCUCCAAGGAGACGAUUUCCGUGGGCGAAGAAGCUCUUACUCGUCUACACCUUGGUGCGCAUUGGCGUAAAUUUUGGAGUGCUUCUGAGUUCCGAGCUGGAAUGGCAAGGAAUGCUUAACAUGGUUGAUGGACUUCUCAGGCCCCUCAUCACUGGACUUGGUGUCUAUUCCUUCAUUGGGAUCUCUACGGUGGACCAUUCAGCAUGA